AUGGCCGGGGAAAAGGAAAGGACGACUCGGUUGCGGGAGGUGUACCCAGAGAUCUCCGAGAGCCCGGGGGUGAGCGAAAGACUUGAAUGGAACCGGAGAGAAAAGGAUGUUCCAGGACGUGGAGAGUGUCGAAUCUCCGCCGGUCCUCCUCUUCCAUUACCGUCCAAAGGCGCCAUGCCUAUCGCGUCGAAACUGGAAGAGGAUCCGAAGAGGCGCUUUACGGUGUUUCUAACUGUUGUUCGUACGGUUUCUGAGCAUUCUACGUUAAAAGUAAGAAAAGUUCUUUUGACAAACAAAAUGAAACGUGCCAUUGUUCUGACUGUUCUUUUCGUUGCAUUGAGCGCUGGGCAAAUGCAUCGAUUGUCAUCCUCUUACAAGAACAGCGUCAAGUGGGAAUUUGGUGCAAACAACUCUCAUGGUGACAUAUUGGCUCGUUCUGUUGGUCAAAUUUCAGCGGCGUCUAGCGUUUACAAGAACCAGCCGAUUGUGCCAAUAAUCAGAAACGAACCAGUUGCAACGAUAGUUUACAAGAAAACGUCCGUACCGGAUGUUUACCAGAAGAAAUCUGUCCUUCCAUCUGUUUUCAAGCAUGAACCCGUCGUGCACAACAUUCGCAAGCAACAAUCAGCUGUUUUCAAAACGCUCUCGGUAGCGUCGAAUAUUUACAAGAGCGAAUCUGUUGUGCAGAACAUUUACAAGCAACAGGCUGCAGUGCCAAUUGCUCACAAGGAGCAUUCGAUUGUAUCCAACAUUUACAAAAAUCAAUCAAUUAGGCCAGUUGUACAUCGUCAGCAACAAUCGCUGCAUCGCAGAGUUUCAUCGGUCGAUUUAAACAAAAAAUUGGAGCGUCACGUAUGGAAUUAUCAAUACGAUCCUCAUCAUUUGAUUGUUCCUGCCAAUGUGCAUGCAGUUCUGCACAACUAACAACUCUACUUCUUCCUCAAGAAUGCGAUAUUUCACAUUUUUAUGUGACAUUAUCUACGACGAAGCGAAACUUGUGAAAGACCAAAUAAAUAAUAUCAUCA